AUGGAAACGUGGUUUUGGAUUCUUGGCUGGUCUCUUUCCAUCCUGUCCAUGACUGGAAAUGGCAUUAUUAUUUUCCUUGUUUGCAGAAGGAGGCGGCUUCGAAACAAAACCAACGCGUUUGUCGUUUCUCUCGCAGUGGCAGACUUCUGUGUUGGCUGGAGUAAUUUUCCAUCGCUUUUCGUCUGCGAGGAGAUAACCGGAUGCGACCCUACGGCCUCCAUAGCCAGCGGGGUGGAUUAUUUCAGGUGGCUGUUUUCAUAUGCGUCUGUGACAAACUUGUGCAGUUUAGUCCUGGAUCGCUACAUUGCUAUUGUGAGGCCGUUAAGUUACUUGACUUUUAUGACACGCAGAAGCGUUUUCCAGAUGAUUUUCAUGUCUUGGACCAUUCCAGUUGUUGUCGUCUUUGUGUUUUUACUAAACUGGCUUGUUUUUGAACAGAUUGUGUUGUUUAAAGUGCUCAUCUCAAUUUUAAUGGUAUUUUUAGAAAUCUUGCCGUCUUGUGUGUUAAUUUUCUGCUUUGGAUCAAUGUACUAUGUUGUUUAUAAGCACGAAAGAGCCGCCCGCAUCUUAGCAAACCAACUCCGCUUUAACCAAAGAUCUUUGUUCAGAAUCAAGGAAAAGGCUGCCGUGAAAAUAAUGGCAAUUGUUAUUGGUAUAUUCCUUCUCGCCUACUCAUUCGCUAUACGAUGUAGCUUCAUACACAUUUUGAAAGACGGAAAACUGUGUGAUGAUAAAGAAUAUAAAAUUCCCCUUGUUAUAUUAAACUCCGUUGUUAACCCCUUCGCUUAUGCCGUCUUCAAGAGAGACAUAAACAUGGAGAUAAAACGAUAUGUUUGCUGCGUCAUUUGUAAAAAGAAACACCACAGUGAUCCAAUUUAUGAAAACAACUCUUUCAUCCUGCGCAACUACAAUAUUUAA